UAGGGCCACAUCUGCAACUUCAUUUCUGUUCUGAAGAAUCCUAAUUAUGAAGCCUCUGGAAUGACUGACUGUUUUUUGGAAUUUUAAUAGAUUGUGGAAGAUUUUUCAUGUGGCUGAUUAUUUGUCUUAUACACGAUUCCACUUUUUGUCAAAGUUUUCAUCAUUUAUAUUUAAUUUAUAAGCUAGGGUUUUGCAUAAUUUUCCUGUUGUUUACAUUGGAAAUCAUAUUAGUGACCGCAAAGGAGACAAAAGAAGAAAUGAAGAUAAGUAGAGCACAGAAGUCAGUCAAUGGGGCAGCUUAUCUCAGUGACGCUGAGUCAUACUACUGACUGGUGAUAAAAGUUUUCAUGUGGCGGUAAAAUUUGUCUUUGGUGGAUAAAUCACUAAAUGUCACCUGCCAACUCAGCCACUAAUUUUCAGGAAAAUAACAAGUGAAUAUUUUAAGUUUAUGUUUAUAGUUUUAUAUUUAUUUAUUAUUAUAAAGUUUUUAUGUUCCUGUUCUUACACAGUGUCUCUGCUGGCUACCACACACACUCUGACUGUGAGUCAUCAAAUAAAAGCAAAACAGUUGACUAAUGGGACUACUCAGUAGCAUAUGAUGUUUCCUGAUGAUUUUCUGUAGUUUAUAAUUUAAGAGAAGUGAUGUGACACUAAAUAUAACAUUAAAAACAAUUAUUGUGUGAUCAAAUGAAACCGCUUUAAGUCUACUCGCAUCAGUAAGAGGAUGAUUUAGAUUAUAUCAUAGCUUUGUCCUAGCAAAACCAACAUUUGAAAAUACUUGUACUUGGGAAUAAAUCUUAACACUUUAAUAAUCACAUACUCACGUAACAGCACAAAUCUACCCAGUGAUGACUUCUGAACACAUGUGGGCUCUUCCAUCACCGUUUCCACAUCUUAAUGUUUCACUGACAGCAUUGUGAAUUAACAGGUAAAUGGGUGCCAUGAGAUGACAGAGAACCUUAUGAUGUCUUCGAAGGAUUUUAUCUGGGUACAGUAAUCCGAUCCGAUCUUUUGGCUCUGCUAGCAAACCCACUGGCUGCUGGACUUCACUCUCUAUUUGCUUAACAUUUAAGUCUUCUGCAAGAUUUCCUGUAACCCACUAACCAAGCCUGUUCUAUACUGUAGUCUCAUUUUAAAUGUGAUUAUAUACCAUGUUAGGAAUGAUUUGAAAACUGUGCUGUAGGUAAAAGAAAAAAAAAAUCUUAUUAUCUUUAUAAAUGAUCAGUUUGAGAGCACAAAUGGCUGAGGAGUUUAGGAUUGAACAGGGCAUUGUGACAUUUUAGAGGUGUAAAUGAAAGCUGCCUGGAGGAGGAUGAAGGGAGGGAGUGGUGAAUGAUGGAAAAGAAUAGAGAUGACAGUGAAGUGCUCGGAGGAGAGAAGACAGGGUGUUACACAAAGAGAUGUUCUCUUUGGAUUCACUAAGGUGAUGUACGAACAGGGGAGACAGAAAGCAGGGAGGUGCUGAUCAGUACAGCUGGGAUAGAUGGAGAAAAAAAUCAGAUAUGUGGUUGAAAAGUGAGAUUCCCACUGCAGUAAGAUGUGUGAUGUUAAUAAUGAGUAUUAGUGCCUUAACCAAGUUAAAACUAAUCUAUGGACUAAAUAUUGUUUCAAAUUAGACAUUUUUCAAAUGAGAUUUAUCUUUAAGGUUUCAUUCCCUCUGUGUGAGAUGAAACUUGCAGUAGAACUCAUAUCUUUUAAAAUGUAUUUGUGGAUUUGAGGCAAAGGCAGAUAAGAGACAAAGCAAAGCCGCGGACGUUCCAGCUGACCAAGUUGAUACCCUCAGCCUUGCCUCUAGGUGUCAUGAAGUGAAGAUGAUGUCAUAUGGACAGUGAUAUGAUGAUUUUUGAUGAAGGAACAAAUAACUUAUAACAGCAGUCCAGUGCUUGACAUUACCCUACAGGUGCAGGUCUGUACCACGGCAGGUCACUGCCAAAGAGUGGGCAGCUGCCACGUAGGGUAAAGUAGUCGAUCUGUUGCCAGCUUUAAGCCGGCGCAAUUCAAAUAGUCCGGUGCGGGGUUAUCAACCCUCCUCAGUAGCCAGGUAGUUUAGUAGGAAGAGAUCGGCAUCCUCCAGAGUGUUGAAAAUCAUGUCAAUGUCGGUACCUUUAGUUACUCAAAGCCGUGCAGGGUAGAGGAAUCCGGUGCGCAUCCCCACGUUGAUGAAUUUUCUCCUCACCUCCUCAAAUGGUUGGCGCCGCUUCAGUGUUUCUGCUGGCAAAUCAGGAUAUAAGUGAAUCCAUCUCCCAUCGUAGGUCAGAGGGGAGUUCUCCCGUGCCAGCCGCAAUAUUUUCUCCUUCAUGCGAAAGCUGUGGAUCCUGGCUAUCAUGACACAAGGACGUGCCCCGGCGUCAGGAGGAGGUGGAGCCUCUGCGACAGGUAACAAAGGGAGGCACGAUGCAGGAUAUGGAGGAUGCGCUAGCUGCAAAGUCGCAGGCAGUGGAGGAACUAAGUCGAGAGCUUGAGGAAAUCAGAGCAGCUUUCGGCACAGAGGGAGUACAGCAGCUGCAGGACUUUGAGGCUGCUCUAAAGCAGCGAGAUGGCAUCAUCACCCAGCUCACAGCUAAUCUUCAGCAGGCUCGUGAAGAGAAAGACGAGAUCAUGAAAGAAUUCCUGGAGCUGACAGAGCAAAGUCAGAAACUGCAUAUUCAGUUCCAGCAGCUGCAGGCAGGCGAGACGUUAAGGAACACCAGUCACAGCAGCACAGCAGCUGAUCUUCUGCAAGCCAGGCAGCAGCUCAUGCAGUACCAACAGCUGCAGGAGGAAAUGAACACUGAGGUCAAAAAGAACCAGGAGAGGAACAGUGAGCAGCUGGAGCACAUCAGCCAGCUCCAGCACAAGCUCAGUGAGAUGGAGAUGUCUGGAAGAAGAUCAGAGGAAUCAUUUAUGCAAAGGAUAAACGAGAAGGACCUCGUGAUUGCUGAACAUGAAAAGAUUAUUUUGAGUCAGGAGCAGUCCCUGACAGAAUUGAGAAAAAAGGAGGCAUCUUUUGCACAAACAAUGAAAGAGAAAAAUCAGUUAAUUUCAGAGCAAACUGCAAUAAUCACAGAACAUGAGCGGUCAUUGACACUGCUCAGAGAUGAACUUGCUCAUGUGGGAAAGACUACAGAUGAGAAUACUAUAGAACAGUUAAAUGACAAAGACCUGAGGAUAGUAGCGCUGGAAAGAUGCGUUUCAGACCGCGACUGCUCUAUAACCCAGCUUGAGGAUGAGCUGGACUCCACUGAAAAUCACCUACAUGACCUCCAGCAGCGAAUGGCUGCAAAAGAAUCCGAGCUUGAAAAAUGCCUGGAUGAGUUGGAAAGCUGUAAAAGUGAAAUGGAGAGUUGUAAAUUAGAAUUGGAGAAAGAGCGAACAGAGUUAGAAAGCUGCAAAGGUGAACUUGCAACUUCUAAACAAAAGGAGCGAAUGUCAUCUAAUGAAAUCAUGCAGCUCAUGGGCACAGUAGAAGACCUGCAGAAGCGCUAUCACAAGGGCAGCCUAUCUGAGAGUGACACCAUCCAAAAAAUGCAGCAAGAGACUGAGAGGAAGCUUGAAGUUCUCAGGGCAGAGCUGGACGAGAUGUACGGCCAGCAAAUAGUCCAGAUGAAGCAGGAGCUUAAUUUGCGUCAUGCUGCGAAAGUGGAGCAAAUGACUGAGCAACAUCGUGCUGAGCUUGAGCUUCUAAAAGCACAAAGCUCCACUGAUAGUGCUGCUGAGGUGGACACUCUCAAUGCUAGAAUUAGAGAGCUUCAAGAGACAUUAGAGCAAUUCCAAGCAAUGCACAAUAAAGCCACGCAUGAGCUUACCCAAGUCACCCAAGAAAAGGUCAACCUGCAGGUGAAGGUUGAGGAUCUUCUUCAAGAUCUCCGUUCUGCUAAUGAAAAAGCGGAGCUGGUCUCCCGCAGUCUUACCUCUCAGGAAAGCCAACAAGGUGAACUGCAGCGCCUUCAGGAAACCACUGACAGUCUGAAGUGCCAACUGGCUGCUGCUCAGGAAGCUGCACUAGAGGCAGAGACGAAACACGAAUCCGAAAUAACCAAUUACAAGAUCAAGUUGGAGAUGCUGGAGAGGGAGAAGGAUGCUGUGCUUGACCGCAUGGCGGAGUCGCAGGAAGCAGAGCUGGAACGACUGAGGACUCAGCUUCUGUUUAGCCAUGAGGAAGAGCUGACCCAUCUUAGAGAAGAACUACAGAGAGAGAGUUUCCUAAACACAGAAAACCUUCUCAAUGAAGCUGCUAUCAAACAUGAGAGAGCUUUGGAUGAGCUGCGCAUUCGUUACGAAGAAGAACUGCGCUUGUUACAAAGAGAGAAGGCAAGUUUUGCCACAGAGCGAGAUGAUCUUUUGCACCAAAUUCUUGGCCUGAAAGAAGAUCUAAAGCUAGCUUUGAACAGCUCCAAAGCGGAUGAGCUCGUCCAGCAGCUUCAGGAACUUCAGGUGGAGCUUGAGGAACUGAGAAGAGGAGGAGAAGAACGAGUUAGAAUGGAGAACGAAAUCCAGACAUUACUAAAAAAGACGGAGGUGCUUGAAAAUCAGGCAAAAGAGAAAGAACAGAGUUGGGAGAAAAAAUGGAAAGAGGAGGAACGGGAAAAGGAGACACUGACAGAAUCUAAUAACACUUUGAAAGAGGAGUUGGACUCAAAAAUUCUAAAAAUUGAGACACUCACAGCAGAGAACAAUCAAAUACAGCAACAAGUAGCUGAGCUUAGCGAUGAAAUUGAAAAGCAGAGGAAUACUUUCUCUUUUGCUGAAAAGAAUUUCGAAGUAAAUUAUCAGGAGCUGAAAGAGGAAUACACAUGUCUCAUUGAGGCAAAGACACAGUUAGAGGAGAGGACGUUGAAGGAGACACUUGAAUUCGAGGCGAAAAUUGCCAGCCUUCAGUCACAGAUUCGGGAGGUGGAGGAGAGCAGCAAGGAUAUCAAAAUGGAGGAAAUGCACACAGAUAGUAAAGCUGUGAUAGAAAAAGAUACUACUGAGCUAAUGGAGAAGCUUAAUGUUACGUUGAGUGAGAAGGAAAGCCUGGCCGGGAGGCUUUCCGAAGUUACAGAGCAACUGACGUCUACAGAGAGCAAAGUGGGACAGCUGGAAGAAGACCUGAUGAAAGUGAGACAAGAAAAUGCCAAGGUCAUCGCCCAGAAUGAAAGCCUUGGGAAAGAACUGAAAAAGAAGCAAGAGAUUAUAAGAAAGCAGACGAGAGGGCAGGAUGCCCAGAGAAAAGCUAAGCUCGAGCAAGAGGAGCAAGCUGUUGAGCCAGUUGCUUCAGUUCUUUCUUUUGAAGAUCAUCACCUUCAGAUUCAAUCUCUGCAAAGGGAAAUAGAGGCUCUUCAGUCCCUCUUACAGGCAGCCGAAGCCGAGAGAGACAGCAUCCGGCAGACCGUGGAGCUCCAGAAGCUUUCACCGAUUCCAUCUCCAGCAGCAGCUGUCCAGUCCUUGGGGGAGGUACCUGUUGAAGGACAAUCCUCCCCGCAAAAGUCCACAGCCUCAGGGUCAAGCAGGCGCAAGAGACGGCAGAGGUCGAAGCAGGAGCGCAAACUGGGCACUGCUCUCUCAGACAGCAGAGAAGAAAAACAAAGGGAGGAGGAAGAGGAGGCAGCGGUGGAGGAAGAGAGAGCUACAAGUGCCGCAGAGCAGGAGAUGCAGCCUCAGAUGGAGAGACAGGUUAUGUCAUGUUCACAAGAGAGGGGCAGUAAGGAGGACUCUGCUGACGGGUACCAGGGAGACGGAGCGAGAGACCACGUCAACAAGCAGGUGAGCAGACAUGGGACGAGCCACCAAACAAAGCCUGUCGUGUGUGAGGGAGCAGAAGAAGAGGGAGCGACUACUGAGCAUGGUGAGUGCAGGCUGCGGAUGGAGGCGCAGCGCAUCAGCAUGUCUCAGAUCCACGCCGCCCAGCUGGAGCUGCUGCAUGAGGAGACGGACGCCCGCACACACACUCUGGAGCUGAAACUGCAGAAUGUGAAAGAUCACUGUGACCAGGAUGAGCCAAAAAUCUCCAGAUACCAGAACAUGUUACAAGCUGUGUCGGAAGAAUGUAGUGAGAUCAUUCAGUCUUUCCGAAAGAUGUUUGGUAAAGAGUUCUUGGAGUGUGUUGAUGCGGAGGAACGACCGCCCACUUCAAUGGAAAGACUAGAAACUGGUGAAGCCACCUCCACUGUACUGGAGGCCAGAGAGCUCUACAGAGAUCUUCAGCAGAUGAAGGGGAGGAUUGAGCAGGAACAUCAUCGACUGUCACAGCUCCAGGCUCUAUUGAGAGCUGAUGGGAACAAGAUGAUGGAGCUGCAGAUGGCAUUCGAUGAACUGAGGAGCAGCAGUGAGAAGGAGAUCUCUGACCUGCGUGUACAAGUUGCCAACUUAAGCCUCUCAAGCAAAGAUCCAGAGGAGCGGGCCGCUGCACCAUCUACCUCCCCUUCCAAGGAAUUACAGAUGCUGAGGGCCGAGGCGCAGGAGAAGCAGCUGCAGUUAGAGGAGAGUCACAGACAAGAGAUGGAGCUUCUCAGAGCCCACUACCAGCAGCAGACUGCAGAGACAGAGGAGCGAUACGCCACCGAGCUCUUCAUGCUGCAGCAGCGACUGCAGGAGGUCACAGGCACUCAGACCCACUACAGCCUGGCCGGUGUUCAAGAGUCCAGCUCAGAGAAGAAUGAGGAGCUCAGAGAGCAACUAAAGGACCUUGGUGUGGAGGAAUUGUCAGAGGGAGGUGUUGAGUUGCGCUGGCCUGCCAGUUCUGCAGGCCUGACAGCACAGCUGCAGGUACUGAGGAAAGCCCUCUACCACAAGUAUGUCCAAGAAGUAGCUGCUCUCAAAGAGCAGCACAGUAGCGAGCUGAGGAGACUGAGAGAAGAAAAAGAGCAGGAGAGGAAAAGAGGAAGCUCUUUUGACAGCUCCAACGUUGCUGGGCAGUUCGUGCUGGAAGAGAAACAACACUGGGAGAGAGUGGAGGAGGAAGUUGCCAAGGCCAUCGUUCAGAUGUCAGUGGAGUUUGCGCAGCAGACUGAGCUGGCCCGACUCAACAAGCGUGUCGGCCAAACGAACACCUCCAUGCAGACCCAGUCAGACGAAGAGGAGGUGGAGGAGAGGGAGAACGAGGAACGGGCUCCCAGAGUUUCUCACACCACAGGCGCCUGGCUGAAGGAGGUGGAGAGGGAGCAACUGGAGAGGGAGCUGGAGGAGAGGAACGCAGAGAUCCAAAAACUAAAGGAGGAGCUGCUGAAAACGGAAUCAGGACCUGAGCAGGCCUUAAAGAAGAAAGAAGACGGCCAAGAAAAAGUUGAGGAUGAGGAAGAUCCAAGGGGGGUGGAAAUAAAGCAGGCUGGUGCACUCAGAUUGUCAUCGCAGGGUGAUGAAGAUUCAUCCGAUAAGGACACUGAAAGAAACCUCUUGCGUAUGGCCAACGAGAAGCUUAGUCAGGUGCUUGUUGAUGUCCUGAAGACUACAGCAGCAGCGGAGGAAACCAUGGGCCUGCACAUGCAGAGUCUGCGUGAUGCGUCAAGUGGAGGUCAGCAGGCUGCACCGCCCCGCUCCACCACACAGAGAGCAACUUGGCAGCCUGUGAGAUCUUACGCUGCAGGUCACUCUGCAGAAAGUUGCCAGGGCAGCGAGACCGGCGCAGAUGACGUGAGUGUGUGGUCUGGGGAGACGGACGCUGACGAGGGCCUGGAGGUGUCCCAGCAGCUGAUGGACAGCCUGCUGCGGGGGGCAGGGACACAGCUAAAGAACGAGGAAUAUCUGAUGGGCAUCAGCAGCCGACUCCAGACGGCUUUGGAGAAGAUGUUGAUGGCCAUCAGCGACACCACCAACCAGCUCGAACAUGCCCGGAUGACCCAGACCGAGCUGAUGCGGGAAUCCUUCCGCCACAAUCAGGAGAUGAACGAGCUGCUGCAGAAGCAGGAGGAGCUGCAGGAGAGGUUGUCCGAGGAGGCGCGGGCACGCGAGCAGCUGGCUCUGGAACUCCACCGAGCUGAGGGUCUGAUUGACGGCUACACGGGCGAACGGGCUGUGCUAGAGGAGCAGUUGCGUCAGAAGGAAGAGCUCCAGCUGAGCCUGGAGCAAGAGCUGCAGGUUACAGCUAGCCGGCUGCACGAGUUGGAGCAAGAGAGGCUUCAGAUGCAGGAGGAGCGGGAGCUGCUGUCAAGGCAACAGGACGCCAUGAGGGAGCACGCUGGGCCCCGUGAGCUUCGCCUAGUUGAAGCUGCAAUGGUUGCAGCACCUGAAGCAGACCUGCUGGAGGAGACGGAGAAGCUGAUGAAAGAGAAAGUGGAGGUCCAACGUCAGGCGGAGAAGGAGAACGCCGACCUUCUGAAGCAGGUGAAGCUGCUGGAGGCGGAGCUGGAGGAGCAGGUCAACAAGGUGAUCGAGCUGGAGCAUGCUCAGAGGACGGAGAACGGAGACCUCCAGCAGCAGAUCCAAGCUCUGGAGAAACAGCUGGAGAAGAACAGGAGGUUCCUUGAUGAACAAGCUGUGGACCGAGAACACGAGAGGGAUUUCUUCCAGCAGGAGAUCCAGAAACUGGAGCAGCAGCUGAAGAAUCCACAGAAGCUUCAGACCGUCUCUGAGCAAAGAAACCGAGAGGUGGACCAGCUGACCUCCCAGCUGAAGGAGAAGGCGGAUUGGUGCAGUGAGCUGCUGCUCAGCUCAGAGCAGCUGCGUCGUGAGUUGGGAGAGCGCGACGAAGAGAUUGACAAGCUGGAGAGCCGCAUCCGUGAGCUGGAGCAGGCCCUGCUGGCCAGUGCUGAGUCCCUGGAGAAGGUUGAACAAAAGAAGCAGCAUGCAUCCGUCACCGAGGCAAAACAGUCCACACUGGAGGCUCAGUUACAAACGGAGCGAGAAGCUUUGGAGCGUAAAGAGAAAGAGAUCUGUAACCUGGAGGAGCAGCUGGAACAGUUCAGAGAGGAGCUGGAGAACAAGAGCGAGGAGGUGCAGCAGCUUCACAUGCAGCUGGAGAUCCAAAGGAAGGAGAUCAGCAGCCAGCAGCAAUACCUAGAAACAAGGGAUAGCAUGCUCCAGGUGAUGGAGGAGAAGGACAGGGAAAUAGCACUUCUUAAUGAACAGAUCACUAAGCUCCAACACAUGGAAACAGCCUCUGAUAACAAGGAAAUUGAUGAGCGAGAUGAGCUGAUAAAAGACCUGGAGUCCCAGGUGGAGUGCCUGCGGAGCGAACAAGAACGCUUGAAGAGGAAUAAUGAGGAGGAGCUCGACCAGCUGAAUGCAGUCAUAGACAAACUUCAGCAGGAACUGGCCAAUAUUGAGCAGAAACAGACUACAGAGGAAGACGAGGACACCCAGGCUGAGCCGGAGAGUGGAGUGUGGGGGCCGAGUAAAGAGGAAUACGAUGAGAUGAAGCAGAAAAAGGACCUGGCUGCCAAAGAGCUUGAUAAACUCAAAACAGAGCACAGUAAGCUGUUGGAAACAUAUCUGCGUUUGAAAGAGAGUGCAGAAGCUUUGACUGAAACAGAAAAACUGGAGAGCCCAGAGGAUGAGCUUCAAGAAGCUCUCAGGGAGAAAACUGCUGGUCUUGUUGUCAUGCAGGCCCAAGUACAAGCUCUAGAGCAGAGUGCAACGUCCAGAGUGGAAGAGUUAGGUCUCCGCAUCCGGGAGCUUGAGGACUUGGUGGGUGAGAAGGACUCUGAGUUAAGCCGCUGUCGCCUCCUUGUGGAGCAAACUCGGAGCGAUGCAGAUGGUCUCCAACAGAAGGUCUCUAAUCUGGAGGCAAAUCUGAGGGAGAAAGUGGCUUCAGUGCUCGUCAGUCAAGCCACCUUGGAGGCUUUCCAGGAGCAGCAGGAGCAGCGUCGGCAGUCACAGAUAUCCAAAGAGGACCAGGAGCUGCAGAGACAUGUGGAGCCACAUGCAGAUGACUUAGCUGACUUUGGUAUUCCCCAAAUGGAUUUCAGUGAACUAGGUCAAGUGAGACAAGCUCCCACAGGGAAGGUUGUCCAUCUGACCCAGAAGCUUCGCGAGCUGGAGGCAGGUCUCAGUGGGGUGCAGAAAGACCAGGAGCUCCAGAAGCAGCUGCUCUCCAGCUCAGAGGAGGAGGUUAUGGAGUACGAGAGGAGGCUGGCGGUGCUCAUGGAUCUGCUCAGUCAGAUGAAGGUCAGGACGCAUCAGAAGACAUCACCAGCUGUGGAGGGUGUCUCCGCUCAUGACCAGCCGGCUGUGUCGGAGCUUCUGCAGGAGUUGCAGGAGGUCAGAGACGAGGCCUCGGCCACCAAAGAGCAGCUCGACAACUAUAAGGAGACCUGCAGUAAACUCCAGGAAGAGCUCACAGAAAAAACUGAAACACUUGAGAGACUCCAGGACCAACUUCAAAGGGAAUCUUCUGAAGGUGGUGAAGAAACAAAGGUAUCUGACCUUCACCGGGAACUCAUGUCGGCUCAAAAUGAAGCAGCUGCUACCAAAGAAGAGCUGAACAGCUGCAAGGAGAGCUUAGAGAAGCUACAGGAGUUGCUGCAGGAGCGGGAAAUGACCAUUGCUCACCUUAAAGAAGAACUUUUCCAAGUAAAAGCUGGUGAGGACAGAGCCGACAAGACGGAGCUUCUUAAAGAGCUCCAGGAGGUCAGAAAUGACGCAGAUUCCACCAAAGAAAAACUCAACAGCUACAGGCAGCAUAAUGAGAAGCUUCAGGAGGACAUCCAAGUCCGCGAAGUUUCUAUUUCUAAACUCAAAGAGGAGCUCCAAGAGGUCAGGAUGAAUGUGGGUGCUACCAAAGAAGAACUGAACAGCUACAGGCAGCACAACGAGAAACUACAGGACGAACUCCACGUCCGUGAACUCUCCAUUUCAAAGCUCAAAGAGGAGCUCCAGGAGGUACAAUCAGCCCUGAUGAAGACAGCAGACUCAGUUCCUCAAUCUCCGUCUCCAUCUCCUUCUCCUCAGCCUGUUUCCACUGCUUCUUCCACCUCCACCACCCAGCCCAAAAGGAAAGGAGGCAAACAGCCAGCUGGUAAGGGAAGCAGUGCCAAAGAUAAACCAGCUCUCUCCAGGAAAAACUCUGCUACUUCCAGCCAGUCCUCCAACAAAUCUCACAGCACUCGGCUAAACAGCAGCUCUGAGCAGCAACACGUUGCCGUAACGGACUCGUUCACACAGACUGAAACGCUCCAAAUGUCUGACAGCAAGUCUCCUUCAGCUGCCAACAAAGAGGAGAUAGAGGAGGUGAUCACAGAGUUCCAGGAGAAGAUUGUACAGAUGCAGGAGCUCCAUGCAGCAGAAAUCCUGGACAUGGAGGCCCGGCAUAUUUCAGAGAGCGACACCCUGCGCAGGGACACACAAGCUCUGGAGAAUGAAUGUAAAGCCCUCAAGGCCGUCAUUGACAAGCUGCGCUUGACUGAGACCCCUUCAUCAAGACAAGACCGUCCUGCUUCACAAUUCAAAGAUGGCUACACCAGCGACAGCAGCUCAGACUACAGCCAACAGACCGGAAAUGACGUCCCGAGUUUGCAGCAGGAGUUCAGGACAACUCCAGACGGCGCCAAGUGCACUGACGAUCCACUACCUGAUCGAAUCAAAAAAUUGCUCCGUGAGGUGCACCAGGAGGGCAUGCACGUUCUCUCUCUGUCAGAGCUUCCUCUCUCUGAAGGCGAGCCGAGCAGCCAGUUCAACGUCCAAGGCUGGGCAAAGGAAAGAGAUGCCUUGCUGGCAACUGUUGAAUCUCUCAAAGACCUCAUCACCCAGAUGCAGACACACAGGGGAACACAGACUUCAGGCAGCGCAGACUGGCGAGGGCAGCUCCUGGAUGCCGUGCGACAGGUGUUUGUGAGGGAGCGCAGCAUGCUGAAGAACGCUGUCUACAGCCAGUUAGACCUGCUAGACACCAGUGAUGCCAUCAUACACCUCAAUCAGCUGGAACGCAGACUGGCCGAACAGGAUGCCCAGCACAGAGAGGCGAUGGGUUCUCUUCACACUGCAGACAGGUCCAGUCUCAUGUCUGAGAUUCAUCAGCUCCGCGGUCAACUGGAGCAACUUCAUCAAGGUACCCAGUCUGCCGUGUCAUUGUCUGGCGAGUGUAGCGUGAAGGAGCAGAGGGAGGGAGGAGGAGCUGAUAGGGCAGCAGAUGCCGACAGGCUGCUGGUGGAGGAGCUGAAGGUUGAACUGUCCCAGACUAAACUGGAACUGGAGACAACACUCAAGGCUCAGCACAAACACCUCAAAGAGCUGGACACACUCAGGGCAGAGGUAUCGCAGAAGGCUGCAGAGGUGGACACACUGAAUGACCAGCUGUCAGGGGAGAAAAAGAGAAGCCGAGAUCUUCAGUGGGCAGUGGAGAAAGAGAAGUGUCGAACUGAAAGGAAUGAGGAGAGCAAGCGAGAAGAACUGGAGGACCUGCACCUCACUCUGGAGGAACAGAAGAGAAGCGUGACCCAGCUGACCUCGGCCUUGGAGCAGGAACGCCAGGCUUCCUCUCAGCUCUCUCAGCAGGCUGAGCAGGAACGCCUGAGCCUCCACAGACACCUCCAGGAGCUCCAGGUCCAGCUGGAGACGGAGCGAGCCAAGGCCCAGGAGAUGAGCACUGCCCUGGGGAGGGAGAGGGAGCUGCGAGUAGGGGUCUCCUCAGACAGUGGUCCAGAGCAGCGGGCAGUGGAGGACUGGAGGGGGCUUGAAGAGGAAGGGAGCCUUCUGGAAAGACUUCAGAGGGAGCUGGAUGACAAGCAUGCACAGGUGGUGCAUCUCCUCAGUCAGGUGGAGGCCCAGAAGCUUGAGGUUGUAAGAAAAGAGGAGGAGCUGACUUUGACGGGUCAGAGGUCAAGACGAGACCAAGAGGCACUGCUGGAGGCUCGGUCCCAGCUGGAGAACCUGGAAGCACGAAUGUCGGAGGCCCAGGAGCAGCUUGAGACAGAGCUGGAGAGGAGGAAGAGCCUAGAGGAGGAGAAGGAGAGACUAGAGGAGAGGUUGGUCCAAUUAGGAGAGCAGAGAGAAAGAGAGAGGGAGGGGAGCGGACCUCUGCAGGCUGAUGGCCGCAAUCAGGCUGAGUGGCACAGUGAGUCCACCAACCGCACUAAAGACUGGGUGUUCCAGCAGAAGAGUUCCAGCUCCAGCGUGUCCCCCCACCUGGAGGUCACUCCAAUGGGUAACACCAGCGGACUGCACCACGGUCCUUGGCGCACAGUCGACAAGAUCCUCGGCAAACUCCACCUCAUUUCCUCAAAGAUCCGCAGCAUGGCCAGCAAGAAUACUGGCAGGAUGACUGCAGAGGUCGACAGUGAAGAGUUAUCAUUGGUCCAGUCCAAUGUUGAUGAGGUCAUCACUAUGCUGCAGCAAUCCCCAGGUCUACCCUCCGUCCCUGAGAGCGCGUCCCUGCUGGCAGGAGGCUCCUCCAGCUCCUCCAACUCCCUGACGGAGCGGCUGCUCAGGCAGAAUGCCGAGCUGACAGGUUUUGUUAGCCGCCUGACAGAAGAGAAGAACGACCUGAGAAACCACACGCUCCGCUUGGAAGAAGAGCUCCGACGCUACCGACAGGCUGGACUGGGAUCAGGCGAUAGCUCCAGCAGCAGGAGAGGAGUCUCAAAAGCGGACUCGACAGGGAUGCUGCUCUCUCAGGAGCGAGAAGCUUGGACUCGAGAGAAGGUCCGCUUAGAGAAAGCCUUACAUCUGGCCCAGGCCCAGGUGGCCCGACUCAGAGCAGAGAUAAGGACCGACACCCUGCAAGAGAUAACUGGACCUGAGGCUGACAAUGCAGCACUGAAGAGGAUGUAUGGGAAGUACCUGAGGUCAGAAAGUUUCCGAAAAGCACUGAUCUACCAGAAGAAGUAUCUGCUGUUGCUGCUGGGCGGCUUCCAGGAGUGUGAGGAAGCCACGCUGUCACUCCUCUCCAGGAUGGGCAGCCGGCCAUCACUCUCCAGCUUGGAGUCCCUCAGCCAGCGUCGGCGGGGGCUGAUGCGCUUCCGCUCUGCCGUCCGAGUGUCUAUCGCCCUCUCCAGGAUGCGUUUCCUUGUGAAGCGUUGGCACAAGGCAACAGGGAUGAGCUCCACAACCUCCUGCAGUGUCAACAAGAAUGGAGCAGGACAGACAAUAGGUACGGAGGUGAGAGACUCGCCUUAUCUUCACCCAGGCAGCGUGGACAUAUACAGAGACCGAGGAAGUGGAGGAGGAGGAGGAGGAGGAGUCUCCAGCGCCAGGGGGCGAAGUGGGCGUGAAUCCCCAAGAUCGGCCAUCUCCUCCACACAUCACAGGUUUCACCUAGCAGGAGACCAUGGAGCUCUCACCUGUUCCCACCUACAGAGCUACGACCCCGACCGAGCGCUCACCGACUACAUCUCUAGACUGGAGGCCCUGCAGAGGAGGCUGGGGAGUGUGACAUCAGGUGCUUCUUCAUAUGCUCAAUUGCACUUUGGCUUGAGAAGAUAGAUGCUGACAACUCACUUUGGCUUGAAGAAACUCAGUUGCCUUUUCUCGUGCUGAGCGCUCUGCUGUUUUCUAUCAUUCUGGUGUGGACUGUAUCUUUCCAUGUGGACCAAAACACAUUUUUUAUUAGUGUACGACAUAUUGUAUUCAGGCUUUUUGUCGCCAGCACUUGAAAACAGCUAUGUUUGUAAUUUAAUCUGCCUCUUUGUUGUGGAUGAUCUAUAAUCAUGUAUAUUUGUCUAAUGCUAAUUUAAAACCUUGUGAUUAAUUUAUAUGUUUAUGUUGUAUGGGUGGAACGUUGCGUAGAGAAUGUUUGGGUUUAUCGUUAAGGAGGCUGCUACUGGAUAUUCUACACUACACUGUGUUUUGUUUAGGCCAGACAGACUACAGAGGACAUUUGUAGAGAACGUAUUUUUGUAAAGCGUUAGGCGCUUUGAAUUUUCUGGGUAUUUUGUCAAAAACUGAAAUAAAGAGGACUAUGAUAUUUGAAA